CAUAAAAUCCCAGACCCGUCCCCAAUCACGUCCACGUCUCCGCACAAAACCACACGGUCCACGGCCCCCGGCCUGUCUCUCUCUCCGAUCAGGCCAUCGCCGUGCCCGCCGGAGAUCCGCUCAGCCCGCGCAAAUCCGAUCCGAACCCCCUCGUCGGAUCUCCCGGGAUCUGACGGAGGAGCAGCGCGUCGGCUGCUGACCCGGCGAGGCACGCGCCAUGGCGUGCGGCGGCGGAGGCGGGUGCUGCCCGCCGAUGGAUCUGAUGCGGUCGGAGGCGAUGCAGCUGGUGCAGGUCAUCAUCCCAGCCGAGUCCUCGCACCUCACCGCCUCCUACCUCGGCGACCUCGGCCUACUCCAGUUCAAAGACCUUAAUGCAGACAAGAGCCCGUUUCAACGAACUUAUGCUGCCCAGAUCAAAAGGUGUAGUGAAAUGGCUCGCAAGUUGAGGUUCUUUAAGGAGCAAAUGUCAAAAGCUAGCAUAUCAACGUCUCCUGCCCAACUCAUGGAAACUCCUCUGGAUUUUGAUGACUUGGAGAUAAAGCUUGGAGAACUGGAAGCCGAGCUAACCGAAGUUAAUGCAAACAACGAAAAGUUGCAGCGGACCUACAAUGAGCUAGUAGAGUACAAUACUGUUCUCCAAAAGGCUGGUGAAUUUUUCUAUUCAGCUCAAAGAAUUGCUGCAGCACAACAAAGGGAAAUGGAGUCCAAUCAAUCUGGUCAGUCCUCAUUGGAGAGCCCUCUACUGGAACAGGAGAUGUCAACAGAUCCAUCAAAGCAAGUGAAGCUUGGCUCAUUGAGUGGCCUUGUGCCGAAGGAAAAGGCAAUGGCUUUUGAACGAAUCUUAUUCCGUGCCACAAGGGGUAACAUAUUCCUUAGGCAAGAGCCUGUUGAUGAACCUGUCACAGAUCCGGUUUCGGGGGAGAAGGUAGCAAAAAUUGCAUUUGUUAUAUUCUACUCUGGGGAGAGAGCCAAAGCCAAAAUUCUGAAGAUAUGUGAUGCUUUCAAUGCAAACCGUUACCCGUUUCCAGAAGAUGUUGCUAAACAAAUUCAUGCUGUUCAGGAGGUAUCUGGAAAGAUCUCUGAGUUGAAGGCAACAAUUGACAUGGGAUUAGCUCAGCGUGACAGUAUACUCAAAAGUAUUGCAUCUGAUUUUGAACAGUGGAACCAUCUCGCAAAGAGGGAAAAAGCAAUUUAUCACACUUUAAACAUGUUGAGUGUUGAUGUGACAAAGAAAUGCCUAGUUGCCGAGGGCUGGAGUCCAGUUUUUGCAAGCAGUCAGAUUCAAGAUGCUCUUCAGCGUGCUACUGUUGAUAGUAAAUCCCAAGUUGGCUCAAUCUUUCAAGUUCUCAACACAAAAGAAUCUCCUCCAACAUAUUUCCAGACAAAUAAAUUUACUUUAGCAUUCCAGGAAAUUGUUGAUGCGUAUGGGGUAGCCAAAUAUCAAGAAGCAAAUCCUGGUGUAUUCACUAUUGUCACUUUCCCUUUCUUGUUUGCUGUCAUGUUUGGCGAUUGGGGUCAUGGAAUUUGCUUAUUACUUGCAACACUCUAUCUGAUAAUCCGAGAGAAGAAACUAGCUUCGGAGAAACUUGGAGACAUAAUGGAGAUGAUGUUUGGUGGGCGCUAUGUAAUUUUGAUGAUGGCACUUUUUUCAAUUUACACAGGAUUAAUAUACAACGAAUUUUUCUCUGUUCCAUUUGAGCUUUUUGGUAAAUCUGCCUAUGCGUGCCGUGAUCCUUCUUGUCGAGAUGCUGCUACUGAAGGAUUACUCAAGGUAAGAGAUGCAUACCCUUUUGGUGUGGACCCUGUAUGGCAUGGUAGCCGCAGUGAGCUGCCGUUUCUCAACUCACUGAAGAUGAAGAUGUCAAUUCUUAUUGGAGUUGCGCAAAUGAACCUUGGAAUCAUGAUGAGUUACUUCAAUGCAAAAUUCUUCAGGAGCACUCUUAAUGUGUGGUACCAGUUUAUCCCCCAGCUGAUCUUCUUGAACAGCUUAUUUGGUUACCUGUCCUUGCUCAUUAUCAUUAAGUGGUGCACGGGUUCAAAAGCAGAUCUGUACCAUGUUAUGAUAUACAUGUUCCUCAGCCCAACAGAUGAACUUGGGGAGAACCAGUUAUUUAGUGGCCAGAAGACAGUGCAGCUUGUUUUACUUCUGCUUGCUUUGGUGUCUGUGCCUUGGAUGUUGAUUCCAAGGCCUAUUCUAUUAAAGAAGCAACAUGAGCAAAGGCAUCAAGGUCACCAAUACACAAUGCUUCAGGGCACCGAUGAAUCAGUGGGAGCGGAGUUGGGGGGACAUCACGAGGACACAAAUGACCAUGAGGAGUUUGAGUUCAGCGAAGUUUUUGUUCACCAACUGAUCCACACGAUUGAGUUUGUUCUUGGUGCAGUCUCAAAUACCGCUUCAUACCUUCGUCUCUGGGCUCUGAGUCUUGCGCACUCGGAGCUGUCCAGUGUAUUCUACGAAAAAGUUCUCGUGCUAACGUGGGGGUACAACAAUAUUUUCAUCCUUGCUAUUGGCAUCGUUAUCUUCGUCUUUGCCACGAUUGGUGUCUUGCUUGUUAUGGAGACGCUAAGCGCAUUCCUUCACGCAUUGAGGCUUCAUUGGGUGGAGUUCCAGAACAAGUUCUACGAAGGUGAUGGUUACAAGUUUGCACCAUUCUCUUUCGCGCUGAUCGGCGAGGAGGAAGAUUGAGCUCGGUCCGAACUCUUGUAUUUAUUGUAGCCGUUGUAAAAUCUUUGGUGGCCUUUGUUCCCAGAACAGUCAUUUUUUCAUCUGUUGUCGCGGAAGGAUCCAUAAACCUCCAGUCCCUUGUUUAAGCGUGGGACGCACAGCAUCAUUUUUCCUUCCUUAGCUACGAACCGUACGGAUAAUUUUUUUUGGGUACGGUUGGCAACAAAUCUGGGCGACAUCUGCAGCUCUAUGUUUCACAACCCUUAAGCGAGAUCAUUGGUGAGUUAUCCAUGGUGGGACCAGAAGGAGUGUGGAAGAUAGAGCCAAAGGCGUAUAAUGCUAAUAACGAGUUGCCGCCUGGGCGAUGUGUAUUUUGAAUAUAAAUAAGCACUGUAUUGAAGGUUAAACACUCCAUUAUGUUCAUUGUCAAUAAAGAGUGAUAUAUGCAUUAUGCGAAAGAAA